AUGUCGUCCGCCGCGCCUCGCUCUGGCGAGCGCGUAAUUCACCAGGACUUCAUCGCUCGCAUUCGCUAUUCCAAUGCCCUCCCUCCGCCACCGAACCCUCCUAAGCUUCUCGAUAUCCCAAACACAGGCCUCUCCAGCGGCCAAUAUACGACACCGGGAUUUGCGUCGAGGCUGGCGCGAGAGCAGCCGCUCAACAUUGAAGCUGAUGCUGAGCUGGGUAUGCCCCUAGACCUGGUGGGUAUGCCAGGCGUCUUUGAUGGCGACGAGAGUUCUAUCCAGGCACCCGCACAAGCACCGCCAGUGCAUCCACACGACAAGCCGCUGCUGAGGCCCAUCGCUGCGCUCGGCAAGCCCAAGGUCGCCGAAGCCAACGUAUCUUUCCUCCGCCGAACCGAAUACAUCUCCUCCGUUGCGUCGAAACGGUUCGAGAGCAACAGCCCACGCGCGCUGCUGAUGAAGGCCAAGCGGCCGGUUGCGCGCCCGGCCGAAGCCGCCGCUGAUGCUCCCCAGACCAUCAAGCGCAAGAUUGAGCGCUCCUUUGACGUUGCUGAGCAGGAGCUCAACGACCCCAAGCGCGCCAAGCACCCGACCAAGAAGCACCUCAAAGCCGUGGAGGUCACGCCUCUGAUCCCGGAUCUGGACGCCUUUCCCGACUCGGGCGCCUACGUCACCAUCAAGUUCCUCACAAACCCCAUGGCAGGCUCCGGCAGCAAGUACGAUUCGCGCCUGCUGAGCAGUCUGUUCCGGCCCAUCGACAAGACGGCCCAGGAGGAGGCCGCUUACGAGGCCGCCCUGGCCGCCCACGAGACGGACCCCAUCGGCAACCCCAAGCCGCAGAACCUGAUGAACUACGACUUUUACCUGGGCGACGGCGCCGAGGUCGGCAAGAACUUCCGCCGCAAGUUUGACGUUGACGACCCGGAGCACGACGAGGACGCGCUCUACACGGACCAAGCUAGCGGCUGCUUCGCAUUCAGCCGCGUGCGCGCGUACGAGACGGCGCAGGAGAUUGAGCUCGACCACGCUACAAAGUACCAGGAUGAGGUGCUGCUCGCCUUCAACGACGACGAGAGCUACCCGCGUCAAAAGGCCGUGUACUACUACCCCGUCAUGCAGAAGUCGACGAUCCGCCCGCAGCGCACCAAGAACAUUGCGCGCACCGCCGGCGUCUACGAGGAGGAGCAGAUUGUCGACCAGCUCGACAUCACCGUCGACGACCCUACCGAGGAGAUGCGCGACGCCAUGAAGCGCUACCACGAGCAGCCGCUUGGCUGGCAGGACGAGGAGGGCGAGGGCGCCGAGGAGGACGAAGCGGAGGAGGCAGAGGAGCAGGUGCCGACGAUCGAGCAGCCCGAGGAGGAUGCGGACGGCGAUGAAGAGACUAACACGAGACAACGGGAGCCGUCGGAGGAAGGGGACGUGGACGGCGACGAGGAUGAGGACGAGGAUUGA